UUCAUUGAUAUUUUAACACAACUACCAUGAUAACUCAUUGUUCCUUUUUUUAAAUAUUGCUUAAAUUACAACACCACUUUAGUAACUUCAAUGUUUUUUUUUUUUUUUGCAUGCUUCACAUUUGCACAACACCUUUUGCAAAUCUUUCUGCAGAAGACUGGUUUUAAAUCUAUUUACUGAAAUAUCUGUAGUACACUCGGUACUUGUUUGUUUGUCUGAGACAUGGUUUAUUUAAUUAGGUAAUCGGUUAGCUACAACUCGCCUAAAAUGAAAGAUUACUGUUGCACAAGGCAAAAUAUCACUCCACUGUCGAGCAUAGUUCAAAUUGUGUUUUGAUUAUUUCAUUACCAAACUGCAUGCAGGCCACCUUUAAAUUCGCCUAACAUUUUGACAAUUAGUUUUAUUUAUGAAAAAUUCUAAUCGGCCUCUUUAUUUGUGGGUGAUUGGUAAAAAAAUAAGAAAUUCGUUUUUAGUACUAAAUCCCAUUGUGUUAAUAUGCACUUUUCAAAAAUAAUUGCAGCUGUUGCCUCCUUUAAACAUUUAAGACACUUGAUGAAUCUAAAGUUAAAUAGUCUCAUCUUAAAUAGGCAGAUUUUUUUUUUCUGGAGGGCCUUGAUAUAUUAGGUGUGAUAUUGGUCAGGAGUUGUAGGAAUAAACUAAAUGCUAGCAUUAUACCGGUAGACACAGGUAUUAUACUUCGUGGCUUAGUGUACCGUGUACGCCACUAACCAAUAGGCCUCAUCAGAUGCCAUGCUAUGUUUUCUUAGGGUUAUAGCGCCCCCUACUGGUUUCUCAGUACAACUGCCCCAUUUGUAUCAAAUGUAAUCGUUUGAUCAACUCCCGUAUGUAGAGAAUGUGUUGGCCUAUAAAAUCAUCUAGCCAUGCAAACAAUAAAGUCUACCAUAUAUUAUUUGGAGAGGCAGCAAUUGAGCUUUCCUCAUUAUAGAACAUUGUUGAAAAAUAUGUACCCCGAUGUAUAUGUCUACUAAUUUGCGUCAGAUCCCGUUAUGUUUAUUACAUUGGAAGUAAAUUGAUGUUCUAUGCUAUUCGUGUAGUUGGCUCUCACUAAAUCUAAAGCUAUUGCUGCAAAUUGCAUAGUAAGUUAAAUUAUUUUUGCGUGGGCAGAAUUUAUUAUAGGCCUUGCAUUGUUGCAUCGGGUUGCGCAGCAAGCCUGACGAAUGACGCAUUUUAAGCUUUUUGGUUGCCCUUCGUAAAGAUUUAGUAGAUUUCCAUCUUAUGAUGCAGAAGUGAUAGUUUUAUAGCGGAACGAAUGUUGUGUUAGUCCGUCUUUCAUCUCUUCAAACUGCAAAGACUUGGCCUAAUGUGCUUUUUAAUCAAUAUUAUAUUUAACCUGAAAAGCCCCCAAAAUUGUAGGUGAGAAUGUCCGUCUGGCCCCGGGGCACGAGCAUCUCCCAAGACCUCUGUGUUUGCUAUUGUUCGUUUACGCGCUUAGACAUGCUCGUGAACGUGCACGCACUCAACGUUUUACUUGUGCGCGCGCUUCCUCUGUGGCCAAUCAAGUUCAUCGUGUGUGUCGCUCACUCUUCCGGUGUUAUGGCUGCUUGCAGUAGAGGAGACCGUGGUGUAACAUGUUACAGUAGAGACUACCGGUGAAUGCUGUGUUUCAGAAUGGGGGUGUCACUGCUCUUAAGUCGAUCUCUGAGUCUUUGUCGGUCAUCUUUACGCACAUUUGGCCCGCAUAGGCGCUACAACAAGGCGUCCGAUGCUCUGUCUGAGCGACUGCGGGUGUUUGAGUCCUUCAGGGAUGUGCACAAUACGCGGAAAGAGGUGGCCUCAGACAGGCUCAUCACUGUCAGUCUAGCUGAUGGCAGGACCCUAGAAGGAAGAGCUGGGGUGACCACGCCCCUUUUAGUGUCUCAAAGGGCCCGUGUGAAAGGACCUCUGGUGAGCAAGGUGAACGGUGUGCUGUGGGACCUUCUGCGCCCCCUAGAGGACGACUGUCAGCUGGAGCUUCUGGGAUUUGACACCAUAGAGGGCAAAAAGACUGCAUGGAGGACAGCAGUGUGUGUUCUGGGCGGGGUGCUUGAGGGGGCAUUUGGGGCGGAGCUUUGCAGAGAAGGAGUGUCUGACUCUGGGCUCUACUGCGAUCACCUGCUGGACACAGGAAGCCUAUCUCUGAGGGAUGUGGAAGAGAGGUGCAAGGAGGCGGCCCGCGGCAAGCUGCCCCUGUCCACGCUGCAGCUGAACACACGCGCCGUCGAGCAGCUCUUCCAGGACAGCAAGCUGAGACUGCAGCUUAUGGAGGAGCACAUGGAUGGGCAGACUCUGACUGUUUACAGGUGUGGGGACAGCCUGGGCCUGUGUGAUGGGCCUCUACUGCCCAACACGGGCGUCCUCAAGGUUUUCAAGAUGCUCCAGGUGUCCCCUGUAACGUUGGCCAAUCAGACGCAGAGUUCCGGUGUGAUGCGUCUCCUGGGCGUGGCGUUCCCCGGGGAGAAGGAGCGGGAGGCGUGGGAGCGGGAGCAGGAGGAGUCCCGCAAGAGAGACCACCGACGCAUCGGUAAGGACCAGGAGCUUUUCUUCUUUAAUGAUGUCAGUCCAGGCAGCUGUUUCUUCCUGCCCAAGGGAGCUCACAUCUACAACACUCUGACCGACUUCAUAAAGAGCGAGUACCGUAAGCGGGGCUUCCACGAGGUCGUGACCCCCACCCUGUACAGCACUGCAUUGUGGGAGCGCUCGGGCCACUGGGAGCACUACAGCGAGAACAUGUUCACCGUGGUGUCGGAGGGCACGCAGACCUACGCCCUGAAGCCCAUGAACUGCCCCGCACACUGUCUGAUGUUCGAGCAGCGUGUGCGCUCGUGGCGGGAGCUGCCCCUGCGCUGGGCCGACUUCGGCGCCCUGCACCGCAACGAGCUGUCCGGCGCCCUGGGGGGGCUCACCCGGGUCCGGCGGUUCUGCCAGGACGACGCCCACAUCUUCUGCACACCUGAGCAGCUGGAGGGGGAGAUCGUGGCGUGUUUGGAGUUUGUGCGGAGUGUGUACCGGGUGUUUGGGUUCUCCUUCCACUGCAUGCUGUCCACACGGCCCACACCGUGCCUGGGGGAGCCGCAACUCUGGGACACUGCUGAGCAGCAGCUGCAGUGCAGUCUGCAGCAGUUUGGAGAGCGCUGGGAGCAGAACCCGGGAGACGGAGCCUUCUACGGACCAAAGAUUGAUAUCCUGAUCAAAGACGCCAUUGGCCGACAGCACCAGUGUGCAACCAUCCAACUGGACUUCCAGCUGCCAAUCCGAUUUGAUCUUCAGUAUGUCGGGUCAGACGGACAGAGCCACAGGCCCGUGAUGGUGCACCGAGCGGUGCUGGGCUCCCUGGAGAGAAUGAUCGCUAUCCUGGCAGAGAACUUUGGAGGGAAAUGGCCGCUGUGGUUGUCUCCGGCGCAGGUCAUGGUUAUUCCCGUAGGGGGCGGUUGUGAGUCAUAUGCCCAGCAGGUGGUUCAGCGAUUCCAUGAAGCUGGCUUCAUGGCCGAGUUGAACGAAGAGCACGGAGCGACCUUAAACAAGAAAGUCCGCUCAGCCCAGUUGGCCCAGUACAACUACAUAUUUGUGGUGGGGGAGAAGGAGUGUGUGAGCGAGUCGGUCAGUGUGAGGACCCGAGCUGGGCAGCAGCUGGGCAGGAGGCCGACGGACGAGGUCCUCUCCGCGCUCACGCUGCUCCGAGACUCGCGCAGCAACCAGGAGGAGUUCUGACACCGCUGGACGUCCCGCCUUCUUCCUCGCUGCGGUCCUCAUCAUGCUUCCCUUGCUAAAUAUUUGUAAUAAAUGUAUAUUUAAUGAUCUGA